AUGAUAGAGAGAAUAGUACAAGAAACUAGAAAGGGACACGUAGCAAUUGGUUUUCACAUACAAGAAUCAAAAUUUGAACUCGACAACAUGGGAAAUUUGUCUUCCCAUGUACAAGAAUGGACGCUCGAUCAUUUCUUUGCUCCUUUUGCUUCUAACCCUCCUUUCAAGCUCUUCAUCGUUCACGCCAAGCCUACUCCUUCUGUUGUUGGUAUCGCUGGACCUGGAGCUGCUGAUGUAUUGCCCCAUGUGGAUGCGGAUUUGAGGAAGAUCGUCGCCAAGGUCGUGGAGAAGGCCAAGGAACUCUGCGUUAGUAAAUCGGUGCAUGAUGCAGUUGUGGAAGUCGAUGCCAGGAAUGUUCUUUGUGAGGCGGUAGAAAAACACAAUGCCUCAGUGCUCGCUGUUGGUAGCCAUGGUUAUGGCGCUAUAAAGAGGGCUGUUCUUGGCACUGUGAGUGAUUAUUGUUCUCAUCAUGCACAUUGCUAUGUGAUGAUCGUGAAGAAGCCUAAGACCAAACAUUAAUCCGCCAAAUAGAGUCGAAGAAUGGAUGGUGAUUGCUGCCUGAUUUUAGUUUACCUAAUAACCAUGAUGUUGCACACUGGAUUGUAAUACCAAUAAUGCUGGAUGUUGAUUAUUGGUAUAAAUGAGCACAUUUUACACUUGUUAUUGUAAUAUUUUUUACUUAAU